CCUAUGAAAACGGCAUAAAAUGAAAUAAAACCGACGGUGGAUUCGGGAGGAGGAGGAGGUUCUCCAGCCGUGCGGUAUUUUGGGUGGAAUAUCGAGACCGGAUCUCCUUCAAAUUGGCAGAUCGAUCGAACGUGAACGCCAAUGGCACUAUGAUCGAUACCGUUCGCACUUCCCGCGGCAGUCCGUGGACGUGAAACUCCCACGAUCUCCACGGGUGCUGGGUGUCCCGCUGACGGCGAAGUGACGCGACGGGCCGAUACUUUCGCGGUGGUAAACGAGCGUUCUAGCGAUUCCUGGAGGAAGUGGACAGAGGGAUGCCACGCAGCAAGCGAAGAGGGCCUUCCAGCACAAAUCACAAUCACACUCCCAUUGAUAUGUCAGUAUCUGGCGCACAUGAGGAGAGUUUACCUAGGCAUCCUUCGAAACGGUUAAGACAUACCUCUAGUGCCAGGCGAUAUACAAAAUCUGAUGAUGUGUCCAAUGUGUCGACAUUUUCUCAAAAGCGUUGUAUUGCUUGGUUCAGAGAGUACACAUCACCAGAUGACCCAGAUACUCUCGGACCUGAAGGAAUGGAAAAGUUCUGUGAAGAUAUUGGUGUAGAACCUGAAAAUGUAGUGAUGCUUGUUCUUGCAUACAGGAUGAACGCUCGUCAAAUGGGCUUCUUCACAUUGAGUGAAUGGCUGAAGGGCUUCACGGAACUUCAGUGCGAUUCGAUUAGUAAAAUACAACAAAAGCUCGAACAACUAAGAAAUCAAUUAAAUGAUUCGUAUACGUUUAAGGGAAUCUACAGAUAUGCUUAUGACUUUGCCAGAGACAAAGAUCAACGUAGUAUGGACAUGGAAACGGCAAGAGUGAUGUUACAGCUGCUUUUGGGAAAACAUUGGCCAUUGUUUACACAGUUUGCUCAGUUCCUAGAUCAAUCAAAGUACAAAGUGAUCAAUAAAGAUCAAUGGUGCAACAUAUUAGAAUUUUCACGUACAAUCAAUCAUGACUUAUCUAAUUAUGAUUUAGACGGAGCGUGGCCAGUAAUGCUUGACGAAUUUGUCGAGUGGUUAAAAAUUCAACGAGGAGAAGGACCUUCGUCGAUAGAAGCCAGAGGCAGCUGAAACAUCUCAUAAAAAUAGUCCAACUAAAAACAAUUCGUUUCUUUUUAUCAUAAUAUUCUGUAAUUAACGAAAUUUCUGUUUAUAAAUCUCAUAUCUCUCUCGCGAUAUUUCAAUUACCAUCGUUCAUACUAUUUCCUUUUUUUAUUGCGUUUAAGUGGUAGUGAUUGUAUUGUAAGUAGCUUAUCUUAAUUAUGAUUUACAGUAUCCUCUAUUCAGAUUUUUUGACUGAAAAAAAUUUUUCAUUUGAUCCUGAUCACCAUUUAAUAAUUAAUCCAGGGUUUGUCACAGAAACUCUUGUGAUUAGAAAUAAAACUAUUUUGAUAUAUAAGAUUUACUUGUGCAAUUUAUAAAACUGAUUUGAGAUAUCAAAGUUGUGAAUAAGUGAAUUGAACUAAUGCAACUUUUUCAAAUUGAGUAAUAUUUAAGAUAAUUGUCAUUGACUUCCAGUGAUUUACAGACUGCACAUCUUGUGUCAUUUCAGAUCGAACGUUAUUAUUACGUACUUCUUUGAUACGUUGUGUUAGAUAUGUUAUCUAAAUAAAUUGAUAAAGCCAUACACGACUUUCACAUUCCACAUCAUUGAAUAUCGAAAAUACGUCUGUAAAUUCGGAAUUUACAAUAAUUUAUAAUUUUUUUUAACAAAUACUAUUAGUGUUUUUAAUUUUCUGUGUAUAUUUCUUACUUCGUAUAUCGUAAACUUUAUUGUAAUACCAACGUUUUUUACAAAAUUUAGGUAUGUAUAAUAUUGUCAAUGAAAAACAUUUAAGAAGUACGCGAAUAUCACUAAGUAGACUCAUCGGUGAAACACUAUGCACAGGUGCUACUACAUUUAAUACUCUGAAAGCAGUACCAUAAAGUGUCAAUAUCAUGCGCUAUAUUUAGUAAAAAUUAAGUAAUUCCUGUAAAUGCUGAAAUUAUGAAUGUAUAUUAGAAUAACGAACUCUCUUAUUAAAACACAAUAUUUAUUAAGUACAAA